AACAAAGGAUGGAUUGGUUACUUAUCCGUGAUCGAGUACUUCCGCGUAGCUAAGGCGUUGUCGUUGUAUUUGAGUUAGCCUUGAAUCACUCCGCUGGGGUUUCACUUCGGUUUUGCACAACCUCUCCGCAACAAACAUUAACUUCACCACCAAAAGGUGAACUUGGUAUCGAUUGUCUGGGACUAAAUCAUUGAUUGACUCAAAACUCAAGAAAUGACCGAGAAGAAUCCUCAAGUAGAUCCUCCACCAUAUACAUCGCCUGCGCAGCCUCCUGUCUCAGCUCAACCUGGUAGCCCUGCUCAGCCUGGAUAUCCACCCCAGCCUGGUUACCCACCUGGUUACGCAGCCCAACCAAAUUACAAUGCGCAGCCAGGUUACCCAGCGCAGCCUCAACCAGGGUAUCCACCUCAGCCUGGGUAUCCACCUCAGCCUGGGUAUCCACCUCAGCCUGGGUAUCCAGCACAUCAACCGGCAGCGUAUCCUCAACAGUCUGUUCAGCAAGUACAACAAAGCAGCACUGUGAUCAAUAUUGGCGCCCCUGCUGCCCAGACUAUCGUGGUGCCAGUCAAUCCUCGUCCUCCAAAUCACAUGUGUUGGUCUGUGUUAAACUGCCUUUUCUGUGCAUGGCCCAUAGGACUGGCAGCUAUUGUGUUUUCUUGCAUGGUGGACAGUUCAUAUGCUGCAGGAGAUUACGAUGGUGCCUUGAGGAACUCUAACAUUGCUAGGUGGCUCAAUAUUGCAUCUAUCAUCUUUGGCCUUAUCAUAUACAUCAGUAUCGUAUCCAGCUCGUUUGCACGCUAGUUAAUUUAGUCUACAGAACAUGCAGAAGAUUAAGGUAGAGCUCAUUUGCCAAAUCGGGUUUUUUCUCUUUUGUAAAAUUUUGGUCAUAUAACACGUACUCAACUGUUUAUCUUAACAUAAUUUAGCAUAAAUUUCAAUUAUUUCCAAUCGAGGUUUAGUUCUUUUCUAAAUUUUUUUAAAAUCCUGAUGGCCAUUACAUUUUACGGUUACAUUUUACAGUUACAGCGUAAUUUUUACCGCUCGUCGCUGUACCGAAUGAAAUCUUCUUUCGUGCGCUUACAAUUUGACUGGAUUUUAGAUUUUAUUAAAAAGAUGGAAUCCCGUCUUGCAUGAAGAUGGAUGGAUGAUAAGCAGAUUUUUGCAUUUACGCUAGUCUUUUCUUCUUUGUAUUGACUUUAAAGUUCGAGCAAUAAACGGGUGUUUAGUAUA